AUGUACAAAGGUGAUUUGAUAGGGAAUAAUUGAGUGGAAUGAACCAGUCUAUUAAUUUAACCAAUCGUAAAUUGUGUUUUUGAAGCCUGUAUGACAUGAAUCCCCUGUUGAUCCAGUGUUCCACUCUGAGGAUGUUGAGCUCACUACGCCCCCUACUGGUCGUCUGGAUGUACCUCCUCGUCUCCAGCCACGCCGCCCCCAGAUACAACAAUGGCUUUUUCUACCACGACAUCAUGAACGGCGAUGGCAACGGAGAGAGUAGGUCAUACAAGCCACAAACACAGAGAGAACACUGUUAUACCCUUUUCACACUACUGAGCCAAGCCGUGCAGCGGUGUACUGGGCUGGCCUGAUUCCGCAUCCACCAGUUGCCCAAACCGAACAGAGAAUGUGAAAAGAAAAUAUUAGCGCCAGCACAGUAUGGUUUGGAUUGGCACUGUAGUGUGAAAAGGAUAUAAUGUUCUUGAGGGGGGCCCAUCCACAUGUCGGAUCCAAGACCAUUCCAUUGUUUAUGUCAGAAUGUGGUCAGUCUGACCGUGCCUAAGGUGGGGUGGUAUUAACUUAGACAGUUUGUCGCAGUGCCUUCAGAAAUAAUUCACACCCCUUUACUUUUUCCACAUUUUGUUGUGUUACAGCCUGAAAUUAAAAUUGAUUAAAUUGAGGUUUUGUUCCACUGGCCUACACACAAUACCCCAUAAUGUCAAAGUUGAAUUAUGUUUUAAAACAUUUUUACAAAUUAAUUAAGAAUGAAAAGCUGAUAUGUCUUGAGUCAAUAAUUAUUCAACCCCUUUGUUAUGGCAAGCCUAAAUAAGUUCAGGAGUAAACAUUUGCUUAACAAGUUAUAUAAGUUCCAUGGACUCACUCUGUGUGCAAUAAUAGUGUUUAACAUGAUUUUUGAAUGAUUACCUCAUCUCUGUAACCCACACAUACACUUAUCUGUAAGGUCCCUCAGUCGAGCAGUGAAUUUCAAACAAAGAUUCAACCACAAAGACCAGGGAGGUUUUCCAAUGCCUCGUAAAGAAGACAAUUAUAGAGUUUAAUGGCUGUGAUAGGAGAAAACUGAGGAUGGAUCAAUAACAUUGUAGUUACUCCACAAUACUAACCUAAUUGACAGAGUGAAAAGAAGGAAGCCUGUACAGAAUACAAACAUUCCAAAACAUGCAUCCUGUUUGCAAUAAGGCACUAAAGGAAAACUGCAAAAAAUGUGGCAAAGAAAUUAACUUUGUGUCCUGAAUACAAAGCGUUAGGUUUGGGGCAAAUCCAACACAUCACUGAGUACCACUCUUCAUAUGUUCAAGCAUGAUGAUGGCUGCAUCAUGUUAUGGGUAUGCUUGUCACUGGCAAGGACUAGGGAGUUUUUUAGGAUAAAAAGAAACGGAAUAGAGUACAGGCAAAAUCCUAGAGGAAAACUUGGUUCAGUCUGCUUUCCAACAGACACUGGGAGACAAAUUCACCUGUCAGCAGGACAAUAAUCUGAAACACAAGGCCAAAUAUACACUGGAGUUACUUACCAAUACGACAUUGAAUGUUCCUAAGUAGACUAGUUACAGUUUUGCCUUAAACCUACUUGAAAAUCUAUCGCAAGACCUGAAAAUGGUUUGUCUAGCAAUGAUCAACAACCAACUUGACAGUUUGAUGAAUUUAAAAAAGAAUAAUAUGCAAAUAUUGUACAAUCCAGGUGUACAAAGCUCUUAGAGACUUACCCAGAAAGACUCACAGCUGUAAUCGUUGCCAAAGGUGAUUCUAACAUUUAUUGACUCAGGGGUGUGAAUACCUACAGUUGAAGUCGGAAGUUUAGCCAAAUACAUUUAAACUCAGUUUUUCACAAUUCCUGACAUUUAAUCCUAGUAACAAUUCUCUGUCUUAGGUCAGUUAGGAUCACCACUUUAUUUUAAGAAUGUGAAAUGUCAGAAUAAUAGUAGAGAAUUAUUUAUUUCAGCUUUUAUUUCUUUCAUCACAUUCCCAUUGGGUCAGAAGUUUACAUACACUCAAUUAGUAUUUGGUAGCGUUGCCUUUAAAUUGUUUAACUUGGGUCAAACAUUUCGGGUAGCCUUCCACAAGCUUCCCACAAUAAGUUGGGUGAAUUUUGGCCCAUUCCUCCUGACAGAGCUGGUGUAACUGAGUCAGGUUUGCAGGCCUCCUUGCUCGCACACACUUUUUCAGUUCUGCCCACACAUUUUCUAUAGGAUUGAGGUCAGGGCUUUGUGAUGGCCACUCCAAUACCUUUACUUUGUUGUCCUUAAGCCAUUUUGCCACAACUUUGGAAGUAUGCUUGGGGUCAUUGUCAAUUUGGAAGACCCAUUUGCGACCAAGCUUUUACUUCCUGACUGAUGUCUUGAGAUGUUGCUUCAAUAUAUCCACAUAAUUUUCCUUCCUCAUGAUGCCAUCUAUUUUGUGAAGUGCACCAGACCCUCCUGCAGCAAAGCACCCCCCCCCCCCCCCCCGUACUUCACGGUUGGGAUGGUGUUCUUCGGCUUGCAAGCACCCCCUUUUUCCUCCAAACAUAACUGAUGGUGAUUAUGGCCAAACAGUUCUAAUUUGUUUCAUCAGACUGGAGGACAUUUCUCCAAAAAGUACGAUCUUUGUCCCCAUGUGCAGUUGCAAACCGUACUCUGUCUUUUUUAUGGCGGUUUUGGAGCAGUGGCUUCUUCCUUGCUGAGCGGCCUUUCAGGUUAUGUCGAUAUAGGACUCGUUUUGCUGUGGAUAUAGGUACAAAAGUAUAUGUUUCCUCCAGCAUCUUCACAAGGUCCUUUGCUGUUGUUCUGGGAUUGGUUUGCACUUUUCGCACCAAAGUACGUUCAUCUCUAGGAGACAGAACGCGUCUCCUUCCUGAGCGGUAUGACGGCUGUGUGGUCCCAUGGUGUUUAUACUUGCGUACUAUUAAUUGUACAGAUGAACGUGGUACCUUCAGGCGGUUGGAAAUUGCUCCCAAGGAUGAAUCAGACUUGUGGAGGUCUAAAAAAAAAAAUUCUGAGGUCUUUGCUGAUUUAUUUUGAUUUUCCCAUGAUGUCAAGCAAAGAGGCACUGAGUUUGAAGGUAGGCCAAGAAAUACAUCCACAGGUACACCUCCAAUUGACUCAAAUGAUGUCAAUUAGCCUAUCAGAAGCUUCUAAAGCCAUGACAUCAUUUUCUGGAAUUUUCCAAGCUGUUUAAAGGCACAGUCAACUUAGUGUAUGUAAACUUCUGACCCACUGGAAUUGUGAUACAGUGAAUUAUAAGUGAAAUAAUCUCUGUAAACAAUUGUUGGAAAAAUUGUGUCAUGCACAAAGUAGAUAUCCUAACCAACUUGCCAAAACUAUAGUUUGUUAACAAGACAUUUGUGGAGUGGUUGAAAAACAAGUUUUAAUGACUCCAACCUAAGUGUAUGUAAACUUCCGACUUCAACUGUAUGUAAAUUAGAUAUUUAUGUAUUUCAUUUUCAAUAAAUUAGCAAACAUUUCUAAAAACAUGUUUUCACUUUGUCAUUAUGGAGGAUUUUGUGUUUAGAUGGGUGAGAAAAAACAACAACAAUUUAAUCAAUUUUGAAUUCAGGCUCUAACGCAACAAAAUGUGGAAUAAGUCAAGAGGUAUGAAUACUUUGUGAAGGCACUGUAUGUAAAUAAACCUGCACGACCUGAGAGCAGGUUAGAUAUCAUAGGCACAACAUUCACAAGGGUUCCAAAUAGGGUCUGGUAACCUGGGAAGACCCAAAUACACUGGAGGCAGACCCAGGUGUAUUUGGGUCUCUGGUCUAAUCACAUGGUCAGGAAAAAGACCUGUUCCCUAUACAGUAUCUACUGUAUGAUAUAACUCUUAUCGAUCCUGUAUCUACUGUAAAACUCUUAUCUAUCCUGUUUCCACUGUAUGACUUAUCAAUCCUGUUUCUACUGUAUGACUUAUCAAUCCUGUUUCUACUGUAUGACUCUUAUCUAUCCUGUGUCCUUGUCACUACUGUGUCUUCUCCAGUCUACUUUAACGGGGUCCGUCUCCAUGUGGAGUCCUCUCAGCCCUCAGUGUCGGCGGCCAGGGGUAGUGAUGUCACCCUGCCCUGUCACUACCGCUACGAACCCGAGAUCAACGGACCCCGUCGGACCCGGGUCAAAUGGUCUUGGCUGCCCACCAACGGCGCCAGCAAGACCACCCGCGAGACCGACGUGAUGGUCGCCAUGGGCAACCGUCACCGUAGCUACGGCAGCUUCCAGGGGAGGGUGCGCCUGCGUCGGGCUGCGCCAGGGGACAUGUCGCUAGUGAUCAAGGAGCUGCACAUGAACGACACAGGCCGCUACCGCUGUGAGGUCAUCGACGGGCUGGAGGACGAGAGCGUGACGGUGGAGCUGGAGCUGCGAGGUCUGUGUGUGUCUGUGUUUGUGUGUGUAUGUGUCGAGACAGCUCCCUCAGCUCUGAACAGAACACAGUCUACUCCGUUCAAUCUGUUUUUGAAAUUACCUUUAACAUAUUGUCCUUACAAGUGUCUUUACUGGCAUUAGUCACUGCAAGGACAGUUGCUGGAUCCUUUAGCACUUUAACCCCUAUAGAACAUGUCUAACUUUUUCCCCAUUAUAGGAGUGGUAUUUCCCUACAACUCCCAGAAGGGCCGCUACCAUUUCAGCUUCCUGGGGGCCCAGCGUGCGUGUGAGGAGCAGGAUUCGACCCUGGCCACCUUCGACCAGCUCUUUGCCGCCUGGGAGGAGGGGCUAGACUGGUGCAACGCCGGCUGGUUGGCUGAUGGGACGGCUCAGUAUCCAAUCACCACACCACGGGAGGCCUGUGGGGGCGUGGACUUAGCCCCUGGUCUCCGUAGUUCCGGACAACACCACCGCCACCUCCACCGCUUUGACGCCUUCUGUUUCUCAGCCGCCCCCAAGGGUCAGUGUGUGUGUGUGUGUGUGUGUGUGCGUGUGUGUGUGUGUGUGUGUCAAUAUUGGUCUCCAAAAACACAUACAAAACACUUCAGCAAAAUCAAAGUGUUUCAAGACAAUUGAGAAAUGUGAAAGAAUGGACAUGAAUGCAGUUGACCAACUUGUUUUAAGCUGGGCCCUCCUUACACGUGUUUUAAACGGUCACCUCCUUACACGUGUUUUAAACGGUCACCUCCUUACACGUGUUUUAAGCGGUCCCCUCCUUCCACAUCUUUUAAGCGGUCCCCUCCUUCCACAUCUUUUAAGCGGUCCCCUCCUUCCACAUCUUUUAAGCGGUCCCCUCCUUCCACAUCUUUUAAGCGGUCCCCUCCUUCCACAUCUUUUAAGCGGUCCCCUCCUUACACAUGCUUAGUACUACUAUAUCCUGUUCUGUCUCUUCUGUCACAGGUACAGUCUACUUCCUGAAACGACCCCAGAAGUUCAACUUCACCGAGGCGGUGGCGGCGUGCGUUGAUGACGGAGGUCACAUCGCCAAGGUGGGCCAACUCUACGCCGCCUGGAGGUUCAUGGGAUUGGACCUCUGCGACGCGGGCUGGUUGGCCGAUGGGAGCGUCCGUUACCCCAUCGCCAAGGCCCGCCCUAACUGCGGCCCCUCAGAACCAGGGGUGCGUCAUUUCGGCUUCCCCCCUCAGCAGCAGAAAUACAGUGUCUACUGCAAUCGGUAA